UAUAUACUUUUUAUUUAUUCGUAUCAUUUCACCUCUACUUUUAGUGUGUGAUUUGUCAAAUUUCGUUUCGUCCCUAGUUUAAACUUUACUUAUUCUAAAAAUCUUUUAUCGAAGUUACGAUGACAAAUUCUCCUACCACUGUGAGUGCUGCCAAGCCCGUAUUGCGUGGUUUGCAUAACGCUACCAUCAAGAAGAACCUUACCAUUGCUCUCGCGCUGACCGCGGUGGUAACAGUCGGUUGGAGUUUUCUAAUCAACCGACCCAAGAAAGAGGCUUAUGCAGAAUUCUACAAGAACUAUGAUGCUCAGAAAUCUUUUGAACGCAUGAAGGCUAACGGUCGUUUCCAAGGAUGUUGAGUAACCAAAAGUUGAAUAGGGGGAAAGUGUUUAAAAAUAAUAUAAAAUAUACACCUCUCAAAACUUAA